AUGACUAGUGAAACUGUCCAGGAAGGCACAUCUCUUGUUUUGGAAGAACCACUAGUAGUUGAGUCGGAAUCAAAAACCGUAAAGGAGUUCACUUCUUUUUUGUUGUAUUUUCAGAUCUCCGAUGCGAUAACGUCAAAUCCGUACUUUAAUGCAGGAGCUGGCCUCACAGGUAUUGGACUUGCUCUAGCACUUUUGAAAAAAACUUUAUCAGCAUCUACAGCUUUUCUUAGACGACGUUUCAUAAUUUCGCUGGAAAUGGAUAGCAAUAAUGUCGCGUUCCCUUGGUUAUUAAAUUACAUUAACCGAAGAAGCACUCAUCAAACGUUACGCUUAUCUGCUCAACCACAGGUAUUUCAGUCGGAAAGUGGGCGAACAACAUGUAAAUUCAGGUACUUUCCUGGCCAAGGCAUUCAUUACUUCGUGUGCGAUAACCGAUGGAUUCAGGUGGAUAGGCAAAGGCAAAAUCAAGUCUUUAGUUCCGGAGGGAACUUGGCACCAUUCGAGACGGUAACGCUAACAACGUUGGGCACCGAUGUUCGCUUUUUCAAAAGGAUGCUGGAAAGAGCCAGUGAAGAGGCGUUGCAAGAGUUAGAUACGGGUCUGAUAAUGUAUAAUGCUGUUGGGCCUGAAUGGCGUCGGUAUGGAAAGCCACUCCGUAAACGUCCUCUGAAUUCUGUAAUUUUAGAAAGAGGACUGUCGAAGAAAAUUCAGAUGGAUUUUGAAGAAUUCUGCAGAUCAGCGGAAUGGUAUGCGAAACGUGGAGUUCCUUAUCGCAGAGGAUAUUUGUUUUACGGGCCACCUGGAACUGGGAAAAGCAGCUACAUCACAGCGUUAGCCAGCCAUUAUGGUUUUAGUAUAUGCAGCCUCUCCCUCAGUGAAAGAACACUCGAUGAUGAGCGUUUGAAGCAUUUGUUGAACACUCCUCCUUCAAAUAGUUUGGUUUUGCUUGAGGAUAUAGAUGUGGCUUUUGCCCCACGAGACGUAGUCCAGAAUAGCAAAGCAUAUGAAGGUUUGACGCGGGUUACCUUUUCCGGGUUGCUUAAUGCAAUUGACGGUGUGGGCUGUACCGAAGAGCGUAUCCUUUUCAUGACAACAAAUCAUGUUGAAAUUCUGGAUCCUGCACUAAUCAGACCUGGACGCGUUGAUGUAAAGUGUAAUUUCGGACUUUGCACAACAGAUAUGAUAUUUCAGAUGCUUGAACAUUUUUACGGUGAAACUUUGGAUAAGAAAUUACUGUCUCGUUUUCAACAGGACUUAAAGUCAUUAGACUUGCAAAUUAGUCCGGCUCAACUUCAAGGGCAUCUCUUACUGUACAAAAUGGACCCGUUCUCAGCCUUGAGUAAUUUGAAGUCGUUGUUGUAA